AUGUCUAUCCACAAUGACAAUUUGUUGAAGGAUUUUGAGGAUAUUUCUAAGCAGUUGAUUUUUCAUUUUAAGGAAAAUUUCACUACCGAAAAUAAUUGCUUGGAUAAUUGUUUAGUUGAGGAAACCAUUCCUAGCCUUGUUUAUGGACAAGACAAUAAUAUGCUUACUAGCAUUUCCAAUAAAGACGAGGUGAGGAAUGCCAUUUUUGCCAUGAACACUGAUGGAGAUCCAAGAUCAGAUGGGUUUGGUGCUAAUGGCUAUUCAGUAUUUUUGGGACAUUUUCGGCAAUGA